AGCAAAUACUAUAGCAGAAUCUCUCUCACCCACCUCUUAACUUCUCAUUAGUUUCUCUUUAUAAAGAGAGCUUCCUCUAACUGUCACCAAGACUCACCACCACAAGUACCAUUAGCAAUAAGAACAAAAUGCAAAAGCAUCACCACUACCAUUUCCUCUUGAUUUCUUGCUUUUGCUUUUCUACUCUAGCUCUUUCAUGGAACCAAAACAUGCAAUUCAAUCAAGGAAAGAACUAUGAGGGCUCCUCAGAUCUAGUGGACCUUCAGUACCACAUGGGUCCUGUCCUUGCAUCUCCUAUAAAUCUUUAUAUAAUCUGGUAUGGCCAUUGGAACCCAACCCAACAAACCAUUAUAAGAGAUUUCCUCUAUUCCCUCUCUUCAUCUUCUUCUUACCCUUCUGUCUCUGAUUGGUGGAGGACUGUCAGGCUCUACACUGACCAAACAGGAUCAAAUAUCACAGGGAAUAUAGCCCUCUCAGGUGAGUUCUAUGACACUAAAUACUCCCAUGGUGGCUAUCUCAGUCGUUUAGCAAUCCAAUCUGUCAUCAAAACUGCUGUCACUUCAUAUCCAAGACCUCUACCUCUCAAUCCUCACAAUGGCCUCUACUUAGUGCUGUCUUCUUCUGAUGUUCAAGUCCAAGACUUUUGUAGAGCAGUCUGUGGCUUUCACUACUUCACUUUCCCAAACAUUGUUGGCGUCACUGUACCUUAUGCUUGGGUUGGUAAUAGUGGAACUCAGUGUCCAGGCAUCUGUGCCUAUCCAUUUGCAUGGCCUAAGAAUUCAGGUAAGCCACCACCAAGCACAAAUGGAGGCAACAAUAUAAUGCAUGCACCUAAUGGAGAUGUGGGUACUGAUGGAAUGAUCAGUGUGAUUGCUCAUGAGCUAGCUGAAGUGUCAAGUAACCCACUUGUGAAUGCAUGGUAUGCUGGUGAUGAUCCAACUGCACCAACUGAGAUAGCAGAUCUGUGUGUUGGUGUUUAUGGGAGUGGUGGGGGUGGUGGAUAUGUGGGGAAGGUGUUUACAGACUCAUGGGGAAAUGGGUAUAAUGUGAAUGGAGUGAAAGGAAGAAGGUUUCUUGUGCAAUGGGUAUGGAACCCUUUGCAAAGGAGAUGCUUUGGGCCUAAUGCUGUGGAUUAAAGAGUGUUUCAUUGUAAAUGUUUUGCUAUCAUUUCUUCUACUACUUUACCCCUUGCUCUUAUUAGAAGUGUCUCAAAAAGGGCAGGUGAGGACCGGAUGAAAAGAAAUGGUAAUCAAAUGAGGCUAGGCUGGCACCUGGUGUUGAAGGGAUGGCCAGCUUGAUGUGGAAGUAAAUAUCUUGCUUUUCAUGAUGACCCAUGCUUUUUAUGCUUUGCUUGUUGAAUUUAUAGUUGUUUCUCUGUAUGCAAAAAGGAUCUAUAUAGAAAACUGUUGAUCAUAUUUGGAGCUGUUUUUGAAAUGAUUAGUGCUCAGUUGAUGUAAAAAGAUCUCUCUCGAGUUGCAUUAAGGGAAGAAUUACAAAAUAUAUGAUGAAGCAUCUAAAUACAUUUCCAUA